UCACGAAGUGUCAUGUUUUCAACACUAAGUUGUCAAAAUAAAAUAUAAAAAUCCUUUCUGAACAUAAAUUCACAAACAUUGUAUGAUCAUUAAGAAACAGCCAAAAUAUGUUAAAACGUUGAUCCAAAAGACCAUAAAUACUACAUGUAUUCAGAACUGUACCGCCCUCCGGAUAACAGGUAAUACGACAAUUAAUGCGUGUUAAAAUCUACUUACUUACGCUUGUUACCCCCAAUGGAGCAUAGGCCGCCGACCAGCAUUCUCCAACCCACUCUGUCAUGGGCCUUCCUUUCUAGUUCUAUCCAGUUGUUUCUUUUUCUGAUAUCUGUUUCCGAUUCUCGGCGUAACGUGUUCUUUGAUUUUUCUCUUCUCCUUUGACCUUGAGGAUUCCAAGUGAAGGCUUGCCUUGUGACGUAGUUAUAUGCUUUCCUUACUGUGUCCUAUCCAUUUCCAGUGCUUCUUCCUGAUCUCUCCCUCCACUAAAGUCAGGUUUGUUCUUUUUCACAGUAGGUUGUUGCUAAUAGUGUCUGGCAAACGGUUUCGAGGUAUUUUGUGCAGACAACUGUUAAUAAACACCUGUAUCUUCUGGAUGAUGGCCCCAUACAAUAGAACUGUCUUUAUAUUUGUAUUGGUGUUGGUUGAUAGUUGUUUUGAGUUCCAGAUGUUCUUCAAUUGUAAAUAUGUUGCUCUUGCUUUGAUGAUCCGCGCCUUCACAUUCGCAUUAGAUCCACCGUGUUCAUCAAUGUUGCUGUCCAGAUAUGUAGAGGUUUUUACAUCAUCCAAACCCUCUCCGUCAUGUGUGAUUCGACUGAUGCAUGUUGUGUUGUGUCGGAGAGCCUUGCUUUUCCCUUCGUGUAUGUUGAGACCUACUGCUGCUACACUGGUCGUCUUCUCUUGUAUUUGCUGUUGUGCGUGUGAUAGAAGAGCCAGAUCGUCUGGGAAGUUUAGGUCAUCCAGCUGCAUCCUAGUUAUCCAUUGUAUCCCAUGCUGCCCCCAGAUGUUGAUGCCUCCAUAAUCCAGUCGAUCACCAGGAGAAAGAAAAAGGGUGAGAGUAAGCAAACUUGCCUGACAUCGGUCUUUACUUCGAACGAGUCAGUGAGUUGUCCUCCAUGCACGAUUUUGCAGUUAAGU